AUGAAAGUUCAUGGGAGAAUGACAAAAAAGGGACUUGCCGACAGCUCUGAGAGGGAGAUGGUUGCUGAGUUUUUGGGAGAGACUGGCCCAAGAGCAUGGGCGACUCCAGACGGCUCCAUGAGCAAAUUAACAGUGAAAUACCUUGGUCCAGGUGGUGAGAUUGUGGCAAAUCUAGGCGCUGGUGUAAGGGAUGAUGCAGUGUAUAGGACAGGUAGCUUGGGCAUCGGCGUGAGCUUAGGCACUGCUGGCAUCGCUUAUUUUGGUCUACGUGCCAGUGUGGCGCCAUUAGGCAUAUGGGUAGCGCUAAUGGUGUUGAAGCUACUGCUGCUGGAGUGGGCUAGAACAAGAGCGAGCCAGGUGGCGUCAACAGGCUGCUGGGCAACACCAGCAAGCCAAGUAGCGCCAGUAGGAGUAGGCGCUAGGCUGGUGCUGGUGUUGGCUGCAGACCCCAAGGACAUGGGCAACACCUUGGAGAAAGAGGUGAUGCCAAGGCCUGUUGGGCAGCGCCCUAAAAUGAGUUGA